AUGCCGGUUCCGGUCGCGGCCAAAGUCGGCAUCGUCGCCGCCUCGGUGGUCGUCGCGGCUGCCAUUGCCAUUUACGAAAUUCCAGAAGUUCGCCGGACUGCCGACGAUGUUCGCCGUCGCAUUGCCAUCGCUCUUCAUUCCCUAGGCGAGAACAUCGACACAGACAGAGAACCUCGAUUCAACCGCCCCGAGGACGCUGAAGGAUUUUACCAAACACACGAUAUUGAUGCAGACGAGGAAACGAGGAGGCGACAGCGGGAGGAGUUGAUGUACUGGAAUAUGCAUCGAACGAACCAGCGCCGACACGAUCGUUCAGAAACGCAGCCGCGAUCUCGUGGCUCGAGUUUUGACGACUUCCUUAGCCCGGACCAGUCUAGUGAUAGUGGAACUUUCGUUUACAACACCGGAGCGAAUGCUUGGGGCAAUCAUGGCUCUGACAACCUCCGCCGUCGCGGAAACAAACCGGAUGGUGCCCGGAGCCUGAACGCUGCCAUGCUUUCCAACCCCUUCGGCGACGAGCAUGGUAUCGAGCUAGACGAGUGCAGCCACCCUGUAUCCCCUCCGCAUACCAACGCCGCGUCAGACAUUUACGAUGCCACCCCACGGAUUCAAUCGCCCAAAAUGACCCCGAUUCAGCCCGCCCAGUCCCCUGCCGCGCAAGCGAAGGGUGAUGUUCUGUUCGACUUCGAAGCCCACGGCGCCGGCAGCGAGUAUGGCACAGCCCUGGAAGCCUCGCAGUACCCGCGCCAGAAUGAAGUCCCGCGCUCCGCAACCCCUACGACCACUACCCGUAGUGUGACUCUUGAGCGCGAGCUCGCCGAGGACGAGUUCAUGACCGCCGGCCAGGAUGAUCGCACCACCGCAGAUGCGUAUGCUUCCAUCCAGGCCUGGGCGCAGGAUUCAUCCAACACGGGCUUUUACUCGCCGCUGCCCGAAACCCCGGAUGCCCCGCUGUCUGACAUGGAAAUGGUUAGUGAGGGUCAACUGACGCCUACCGACUCGGGGUCGGUGGCCGGGUCCGGAGUAGAUGUGGCCAACGAUGCCGUCUCCGCCACGGAGGGCCGUGACUUUGACGUGAUGAGCGAGUCGGACGCCGGUGCGCAUACACCGGGAAGCUGGUCUGAAGUAGGGAGUGUCAUUAGCGAGAGUGAGAGUGCCGCGAGGGCGUAA